AUGGCAUUCCCUGUGGACUUGCUGGAAAACUACAGUCAUGAAGAUCUGGAGAGUUCUGCAGAAGACUAUCUUUCUGAUCUUAGGUGUGGGGAUCCGGAAAACCCAGAGUUCCUUUCUCUUGCCAAUAAUGUCAAAAUUCCAAUUUGCUUAUCAACGGUAGGCUUUGUUCCUCUUUAUGGUGGAGAGGAGAGACACAAAGUCCUCGCUUUGUUUGCUCCGGAGGAUUCACUUGCAGCUGUUGCCCUGUUCCUUGCAGAUCAGUGGUGGACUAUUGAUGAUAUUGUGAGAACAUCUGUUCUUUCUAGAGAAGGACUUCAGCAGGUGAAGACCAUUGGGGAGAGAGUGGUUCUUUAUGUAUUAAAUAGAAUAAUCUAUCGCAAACAAGAAAUUGAGAAAAACGAGUUCCCAUUCCUCUGUCAUGGUAGCCAUGAUUAUGCCAAGAUUCUGUGGAAGAAAGGAGAAGCAAUUGGGUUUUAUUCCAUUAAACCUACAGGGAGCAUGUGUAGUUCAUUCCUUACCCAGAGCUACCAGCUUCCAGUUCUGGACACAAUGUUUGUGAGAAAGAAGCAUAGAGGGAAAGAUUUUGGACUGCUCAUAUUGGAAGAUUUUGUGGAUUCCUUUACGGAAGACACGCUUGGCCUGCGGUACCCAAUGACAUCUUUUAUGCAUGCUGCUUGUCAGAAGUACUUUGAAAAGUACCCGGGGGAUCAUGAUCUUCUGUGGGAAGUUGAAGGAGUGGGCCACUGGCAUCAGAGAACACUUGUCGCUAGUAUAUUGGAGAAAGAAUCUAUCAGAUACCUAGGUAAGGAAAGCGGCAGUUCUCAGGCUGAGGAGAGUUUUUUGCAGUCUGCUGUGGAGCUCAACACCCCAGAUGAAUCAGCCCCUGACCCCAGUGAUUCACAGCUAAGUAUGGACUCCCAUAAAAACAAAGAUGGCAUAGAUGUAUGUGAAGGCACUUCUGAAGAACUUAAUGCUACACCACUUUCUGCUCGAUCACGAAACAAUAAUCUGAAACGUCCGAAGUUGGGGAAAAGGAUCCAAGAAUUUGAUGUUGCUGAUGGUGAAGAUGGAAACAUUUCUGAAGCAUCAGAAAACAGACUGGAACCUGCUGCUCGUGUGUCUGAAAGCUCAGAAGAGUUGAUAGAAGAGAUAGCAGAAAAUAUAGCUGAACAUGAACUGGAGGAGUUAACCGAAAAUAGAAAGCAACCAGUACAAGAAGUGCAACAAUUGUCUGAGAAACAGGAUGAUAAAGAGGAAUCUGAUGAAGAGCCGCUGAAUGGGGAGCUGACGGAACAUGCUAUCAAGGUUUCAUUAGUGACCGAAGGGGAAACAGUAAGUGAAGCUAUGGAUGGAGAAGCAAAGCUGCAAUCGGAUAGUUCAGAAGAAGCAACUUUAACUUUAUUAGUCCCAUUAAUUCUUGACUCUUCAGAGAAAUCUCCUGAAGGCAGUGAUGACAAUAUGUCAGAUAAGAUUGAGAGCAUGGCGGAUUCAGAAGUACCACUGGAAGAGGAACAAACAGUAGCCCAUAGGAAAAAGGCGGUUGUUAAUAACGCAGAUCUUGUUGCAUCAUCACAAAAGGAAGAGCCCUCCAAUAAUGGCCUUUCGAACUCUGUAGCAACCGAAGCUCCAGAAGAUGCCGUUUCUGAGAACGUGUCUCCCAAUACAACCUCUUCCCUGGAGGAGCAAAGUGAAGGAGGGUCUGACUCGCCAGAGGCCCCUGUUGCUCUGGGUCAGGGUUCCUUAGUGAUGGUUGAACUGGAGGAUAUUGCAUACCAGCAACACACAGAGGGGCAAAAGAAUCAGAUGGAUGAACAGUCUGAGGAGUCAGCAGAGCCAGCAUCCGAGAGAGCUGCAGACAGCAGUUCUGAGGAAGUGGAAGUGGAAGUUCCCAUAAUAGACAGGCGGACCUUGCGAAGAAAGGCCAAAGGGUACAAAGGGCCACCCAAGAAAAAAGGAAAGCUAAUUUAGAUUGUGAGCUGUUGCCACAGCUGGAACAAUUACUGUGUGUGUAUUUUUUAAAUUGGUUAUUUAAAACUGUAUUGAACUGUAGAACACAUAUAUCUUCAAACACUGGCAUUCACCCUCCCCCUUUAAGAACCACUACAGACACCAAUUAAAUAUGGAAGUAAAUGGCCAGUCUUCAUAAAUAAUAAAGUAUAAGAACUUGCUUAGCAUAGUAGUUUGGUAGACAUGAUACUUUUGCAUCAUUCUUGUUAGAUAAAUUAGAGAGACCCCAAUACAUUUCAUCUGGCAUCUUAGUCACUCAGUUACCAGAUGCAGCUCUGAAUUGUGGACUGUUUUUUACAAUAGCUGUUCCCCCAGAAGGCUGAAUGGUAUCCAUGGUUUAAUAUUGAGCUAUGUGCCACGCACUUCAGUGGUUCCCAUAACUCUAGAACUUUUUCAGUUAAUGCCCCAUUAGACUGAUCUACAUUCCAUGGAACGAUUAAUCAAACAUCUUGAUGUGUAAUAAUAAUUUACGAGGGAUAGAUUCUAAUUACACUCUUUUCA